CACAACAUCGUGACGAGUUGUAGGUUUUACAUGCGGUUGUUUUUCGAGUAUUUUUUUAUACGCUUUUGCCCCGCACAUGACGUUGUUGUUAUUACCGCAGUGUGUGUACCUGUGCUGAGGUAUUGGACGGUUAUCCACUGUGACGAUUUUGAGACCUCUUUGCUGAGUUUUGAGAAGUUGGACCGAGCGUCACCAGACCUGUGGCCAGAGCAGUUGCCCGGAGUUGCAGAAUUUGCUGCAUCUUGUAAAAACCCCAUCACUAAUUCACCCCCUAAGUGGAUGGCUGAACUAGAGAGCGAGGACAUUGAAAUGUUGAAAGAGUUGGGUAGUCUGACCACAGCCAACCUGAUGGAGAAGGUCAAAGGACUUCAGAACCUCGCUUACCAGCUCGGCUUAGAGGAGUCCAGAGAAAUGACCAGAGGGAAGUUUCUGAACAUCUUGGAGAGGCCCAAGAAGUGACAGUGACUUUUUUUUUUUUUUUUUUUUUUUUUUUUUUUUUUGGAGAGAGAGAGAGUUUUUUUGUGUAUGUGUUUUUCUUUUCUUUUUGAAAAUGUGGGACUGCAAAGGAGAAUUUGAUCUAUGCGUUUAUGUUCCGAACAUGUUCAGACCUUCACAACAAAGUGUAAAGACUUUGCGCUCAAACUGUAGUUGGAGCAAAAUGCUCUCAAUCACGCACACACACACAGACACACACUGAGGCCAGUGUCAGUGGACCUGUUCUCUCAUAGAUAGAUGCCUUCACAUUGAUGAAAAUGAUGUAAUAACUUCCUCACUGUAUUUCUCUGUAGCUUGUAGACCUGCUUUGACUAAAUGUUCCCUAUUUAUUCUUGUUUCUAUUUUAAACAUCUUUUUUUUCCAAUUUGUGAAGUUGUAUAAUAAAGUUUUAAAACUAAAA